GCACUUCAGCAAGUCAGCAAUCGAAAAUAAAUUCAAUUGAGUUACACCUCCCCCCAUUCGAAAAAGAGACCGUCUCGAGUGCCGCCGAAUGCCAAUCCAGAAAUACAACUAAUAAUGAACAGCGAUUUAACCAACUUAACCGAUUUAUUAAUGAUUUUUGUUGUUUUUGUUGCGUGCCACCGCCAUUAAUCCGAAGUAGAGAGAAAUAGAGAAGAGAAAAGGCGAGAAGAGGAGUCAGUCGGGCGGCAGAAUUAAUCAAAUUAAAAGCACUUGGCCGUGCAAUUACGCAGAAUGCCGUUUGCCUUUUAAGUUGCAUAUUGUUCGGCGAUCGGAGGGCGAGCUGAGAAGCGUAAGAAGCGGAAGAAGAGCUUGGGAAAGCGCGGAAAAACGGACGUUAAGCAGGCGAGUGGCGAGUGGAAGUGGAAGUGGAGCCAGCGAGCGAACUGACACUGGCAGUAAGUUACGGGCCAAGUUUCGCCGGAGUCGCCGGAGUUGCCGGAGUUGCCGGAGUGGCCGGAGUCGCCUUGUCGCUGGCGCAACUGGCAUAACUCAGAGCUGAUGAAAUAUGGAGCUGCUGCAGGCCCUCUGCUGUACGCUGCUCCUGCUUUUGGCCCGGAUGCAAGUUCUGCUCGCCGUCAGCUGGGAGGAUUGGUGGACAUACGAUGGCAUCUCGGGUCCUGCCUUCUGGGGACUCAUCAAUCCGGAGUGGUCACUCUGCAACAAGGGGCGCCGCCAGUCGCCGGUGAAUCUGGAGCCACAACGCCUGCUCUUCGAUCCCAACUUGCGACCGAUGCACAUAGACAAGCACAGGAUAUCUGGCCUGAUUACUAAUACGGGCCACAGCGUCAUCUUCACCGCCGGAAACGACACGGUGGCCAACUACGACGGGAUGCAGACGCCGGUGAACAUCUCGGGCGGACCGCUGUCGUACCGCUACCGCUUCCACGAGAUCCACAUGCACUACGGCCUGAACGACCAAUUCGGAUCGGAGCACAGUGUCGAGGGAUAUACCUUCCCAGCAGAGAUCCAGAUAUUCGGCUACAACUCCCAGCUGUAUGCAAAUUUCUCAGAUGCCCUCAACCGCGCCCAGGGCAUUGUGGGAGUCUCAAUUUUGUUGCAGCUUGGUGACCUCUCGAACCCGGAGCUGCGCAUGCUCACCGAUCAGCUGGAGCGCAUUCGAUAUGGCGGCGAUGAGGCGUUCGUCAAGCGGCUCUCCAUUCGAGGACUGCUCCCAGAUACGGAUCACUACAUGACCUACGAUGGAUCAACAACGGCACCUGCCUGCCACGAAACAGUCACCUGGGUGGUGCUCAACAAGCCCAUCUACAUCACAAAGCAACAGUUGCACGCCCUGCGCCGCCUGAUGCAAGGCAGCCCCGACCACCCGAAAGCGCCCCUGGGCAACAAUUACCGGCCUCCUCAGCCGCUCCUGCACCGGCCCAUUCGCACCAACAUCGAUUUCAAGUCGACGAAAACGAACGGCAAGGCAGCCUGCCCCACCAUGUACCGCGAGGUCUACUACAAAGCGACCAGUUGGAAACAAAACUAGAAACCAGUGACGUGAUGAAGUAACGUAACGUAUCGUAAGCGUAUGACGUAAGUAGCGAGCGGCGUGCAACAGGAGCUUCCACUAAACAUACAUAUAAACAAGGCGAUGCCGAGGGAAAAGGAGGAAAACGGAAGAGGAGGAGGUGGGGAAAGGAUCAAAAGGAAUCAGCGCAGCAGUGGCCAAAAUGGCGAUUGGAAACACACAUAUAAUAUAAAUAGGCGGAAAAUAAACAAAGAAAUAAUAUGGAUAGCGACUACGAUUACGAUAAUUAGCA